UAUUUUUACUGGUCAAAAGAAUCUGCUGUUUGAUUGUUUGUUUGUUUGUUUGUUUGAAUACACUAAACAUGGCUCUGGCUAAAGAGCAAGUCCUUUUACGUAGUUUGUUCAGGAUUGCUGCAUUUUCUUCUUUACUCUUGUGCUGACUGAGAAUCUUACCAUCUAAAAGUUGCCAGAUUUCAUCAUUUCUCUGUGUUUGUUGUUACAGAGCGUGACGCCAGGACAGAGUCCAGCGACUUCCCUCAUGGACAGGACCAUCAAGAUGAGGCAAGAGGCUGAAGCCCGGAGAGUGGCCUUGGCCUGGGGACUCCUUAAUAUGUCUGUGGCAGGCAUGAUAUAUACUGCAAUGAGUGGAAGACUCAUCAGCUGCCAUUGCAACAUCAAAUACGGGCCACUCUCUUGUAUUGAACUGCCUAUAAGUACCUCUGACCUUUCACCUGCAGAACAAGAAGGCCAUUCUCCAAGGAAUGAGGUGAGCAAAAAUGCUUCACACAGAGGUAUGAACAAGAUCCCUGCCCUGGGAUGGCCCCUGUACAGGCAGAAGAAGGAAGAGGCCCAACUCUGCUUCCCAAAGCAUUCAGCUGACAAGUGGCACCAGCCUCAUCUCAGUCAAAAUCACAUGAGCAGAUGUCCUGCUUUGAAAAUUGCCAAUGGCUACACUGGCCUGAGACCUUCUGGCCCCAUAAUCUGCUGCCGGGCUAUGGCUGUGCAGAGAACACUGUUCAUCAAGACAGGUGCCCUGCUGCUGCCUCCCGGAGUAGGACAAGCAUGGCUGCUCCAAUGCUUGUGUGGACUGUCACUGGGACCCUGGACUCAAGCACCAAACUGGAAAAAAAAUUCGGAGCUUCCAACUCCCCUUGCUUUCUAACACUCUUCGAAACAGGAGGCUAGGUGUGGCUGGAUAAGGAUUCUGAA